AUGCCUCUUGAAAGGUAAAGUCGGAUAGGUGGAUUAAAAAAUUCGUUGAAUUACAGCAGCAGAUCUUUCGAAGGAGAAAUUAUUUGAAAUUCAUAGUACUACUAUUUAACGUGUUACGCAUUGUCAGUUGACGAAUCGUUUGAAAUAUUCUCUGCACCAUGCCCCACUUUCUAUAUCACUGUCACGGUCACUGUCCCGCAAUCAUCCGUGCAUUCCUCGCAGUCGCAUGGCUCUGCUCGACCGUGGAAACCUGUGUUUUGAGGAUCGUUGGGUCGUCAGCUGCAUCACACAUUCGUCCAUCGUUGCUCAUUGUCGUGGCGUGGAAAGGAAGCCUCCUUUCCUUAAAACUGUGGAAGUAUUAUGAAACGAAAGAGGCGAAUGAAAUAUAGAAUAUAGAAUGUAGUCUCGUUUAUCAUGCGUUCUCAGUGGCUUCACGCCCUGCUAAUUCAAUGCGAAUAGCCACUCCUGCAGCAGAGAACAGGAUCAUGGUCCAUAGUUUCGAAGAAAUUACAGUCGUAGUAAUUCUUCUAGCGAUAGCCGAGCACUCGUGAGGAUGGAUAAAAGGAAGAAAUGCGGUACAGGUUUACUGGCGUCGGUGAACCCGGCAAAGAGGAGAGGAAAGAGAGAAAGGGAAGAGACCGUGAAGAAGGAAACGGAGGAGGCCAUGUUGGAAAAUAAUGCGCUCCGUAAAAAUUCUUUACCCUCCACAGGUCAACGUUGCAGAAACGAGGGACUGGAGAAUAGAAUCACGAGAGGCUGUCGCGUCAGAUCUCACGCAGAGGAGCGAACCAUGUUAUUUUCCAAGCAUCACUGCCUCAAGCUCUCGACCAUGGCUGACCAUAGACCGGCUCACAAGUGGCCGAGACAUUCGCCUCUCGACCGCGACCAUGAGAGCACUCAACUCGCGACGCACACAGCCAACCACCGGUAUUACCUUCGGUUUCUUCCCUCGUUCUCUCUUCUGCCUGUUCUUGUUCCUUCUGUUCGUUCUGCGCGUUGUCGAAUCACGUAGCGUGCCGCACGAUGAGGAGGACCGGGCGCAGCUUGACAAACUGUCGCCGAUCGACAAGGAGGACGACGUUGGCCAAGUAGAUUCGAGGAACAUCGCGCCGGAACUGGUGCGAGGAAAACUUGUCGACGCGCACGACGUGGAGAACGAGAAGGUCGUGUCCGAAGGAGUGUCGGGGAGGAAUGACGAAGAAAUUUCGCAGUCGAGAACCGGCCACGAGGACGACUCUUCCUCGGUGUUGGAGGAAGGAUCCAGUGCGAAGAAGAUCGACACUCGAGCGAGCGACGAAGGCAGCGAGGUAUUGAGAAAGGAGACGGAGGAGAUUGGCGUGGUGAAGAAGCGCAGAAGAAACGACGUUGCUUUGAUCGGUAAACCCGACCAAGAGGUUCCAGCAGAGCAAGCCAAGGACGAAGGCAUCAGGAGAUUCGACGUGCAAGUGGACGCUGAUGGUGCGGUAGUUGCUUCUGGCGCGAUCGACGAGCAGCAAAGCAGAAAGCAGCACGAAGAAUCUGAAAGAGCAUUCGAGCUUGAAAAAUCGGAAGUAUAUGAAGAGAGUCACGCCGAGGAUGGACGUGAACGAUCGAAGGAAGUACUUCUCGGUUACUUUCGAAAAUCGGGGAAGCUCGAGGGUGACGAUGGCAAGAGCGAGGAGGAGAUCUCGUCGAACGAUAGCUCAGACUCUGAGGAGUCUCACGCGAACAGAGGAUUCAGAUCUCUGGCCGAGUCUCAGAACAAGUCGAAACGCAAGAGUUCCACCGUCUACUUGAACGCGGAGGAGAAGAAGGUGUCCGAUGGAGAGCAGCAGUCGAUCGUCGAUGGACAGAUCAGGAAGUUGAUAUCGAUCCGCGACGACGCGCUGGACGCUCAGAGGACCGACAAGAUAGACGAGGCGAAGCUUCUGAACUUCAAAAGGAAGCUCGAGAUGGACGAAGUCGCGUUCACCCAGGAGGAGGUCCACAGCGAGCGAAGGAACAAGGUAAAAGAAGGUGACAAACUCUCUGACAACGUUAGACAAUCGGGAGAAGCGUAUAGUUUUCUCGAAAGGUGGAAGGGUCAGGCGAUUUCGUUGCAGAAACAGAUUGGCAACAGCGCGUUCGUGCAGCGUUUGAGGGAGCAGAAAGGGGACGUCCUGCCGGAAAUUCCGAGAUUUACGGAGAAUCAGUUGCUAGACACGUUGGAGCGGAUCGUUCAGUCGAAAAGAUUGGAGCCGCUGGACGACUCUCACGCGAGUAGCUUGAAAGAAGAACUCGGUUUAACCGAUGUUCAACUUCGAAUAAUCAGAUGCGCCGAGCAAUUGCUAGCGACUAGAGAGCGGCAGUCGUUCGUCGUCAACCUGACGGAGUGCAUUCGAGGACUCAGUAUCUUCAAUUGCUUGCGAAUCUUCGUUUGGCCGAUCGUUGUGGACAAUCUGCCCGAAUCGAUCCAGAAUUUCGGCAACUUUCCAAUCGAGGUGAACUUGUUUCAGGGAGCCAGAGAGAAGUCGGGCAGGGCGCACGACCUCCGUCGAAUCAACAUCCUCUCGCCGGAUUUCGUGGUGUACAGCAUCCUGGCGAACGCUUUGGAAUCGUAUCCAAAGGAUGACACGCUGCCCUCUUACAUCGACCCGAAGAACGAUACUCUCAGGCGAUUUCUCACGCCCGGGCAAUUCGCCAUUCUUCAGAUGGCCGAGACAUUCUUGCCUGAAAGCGCGCGGCGAGAGUACUCCGACAAAAUGUUCUCCUGCGUACAAAGAUUCGAGUAUUACAGCUGCGUCAAGUACUUCGCCUGGCCUCUGGUCAAGCAGUAUUUCCCGUCUCUGCCAGCUUUCCCGGACUACGAGGGCUGGUAUCCGGUGAUCGACGUGUUUCCGCAGUACCCCAUCAUCCCGUUCCCUGGCUUCUCGGAAGAGUUGGCCGAGUUGCCGGAAGUCGUGGACGCUGACGGUACCAGAACGAAGAAUGUCAGGCCGGAAACUCUCAUCAUCCAGGUGCUUCAGAACACUCUGAAACAACAGCCGCUUGUGCUCAGCUCCCCGUCUUUCCUCGACGAAUCGAUCGACAGGUAUGUAACUCUGAUACCCGAGGACCAGUUACUGACGAUCAACAUGGCCGAGAAGCUGAUACCGAUCUCUUAUCGGCCGGAGUUCGUUCAGAGGACCGUCAGAUGUAUGAAGGAGUACAAUUACCUCUCCUGCUUCAAGUAUUCCGCCUGGCCGACGGUCAGACGUUUCAUCCCGACACUCCCGGACAUUUUCACCUUCCUGCCAGAGUUCCAGGAUCCGAGACUGUUGGACGUCGGUAGAUACGUUCCCGAACUGCCCAGCCAGUCGAACUUCAACUACUACUUGCCGAUCGGAGCAGGGGCAAGCUUGGCAGCGAUACCUGACGAUCGACGAAUCUUGUUAGAGUCCUCGAACGAACUGGAAAUGCAGGUUCUAGAGACGUUGCAGAGGUUACGGUAUUCCAGCAACGACAGGGAGAUAUCCUCGUUCGUUUUGACGCGGAGCAACAUCGCGUUUACGAAGAGACAGAUCGAGAUCCUAUGCUUGGCGGAGAGUUUCCUGCCGCAGUCUGCCCGAGCGGACUUCGCCGUUAACAUUCUUUCCUACCUGAAGAAGUACAACAAUUUCAUCGACGGUGCCAGGCAAGGGCUGCCCGAGGCGAAGGAAGCUUCGAUAAACCCCGGGAUAACGAUACAAGAACGAGUGUCCGCCCUAGAGCAAGAGAACAGACCGGAUCUCUUCUUCUCCAGGGAGAAGGAGUCGCAAAACAAGCAGUCCAACGUGCCAGUGAUCAGCGUGUCAGGCACCAGAUUCGUCCCGAUAUUCGCCGAGCAUCCAGAGUCCGUGAUCUACAACCUUCUCCGAUCGGUUCAGCUGCAGUCGAUCAAGGCCAACCCGCCAACCACCAGUUCCACGUUCAAAACUCCGGAGUAUCUCGAGUUGCUGAGCCAACAACAGGUGAACAUAGUGAACAUCGUGGAAAUUCUGCUUCCAGAGAACGCUCGACCAGACUUUGCCAACAAACUGCUCGAGUGUCUUCGCAAGGAGACGUUCCUCGUGUGCGCCAGGGACGUGAUCUGGCCGGCGAUCUCGGAGUACUUCUCCUCGCUGCCGAAUUUCCCGAAUUUCGGGAUCGUGAGCGGUACGCCAGGAUCCGCUGACUCGCCUGUGACCACGUCGAGCUCUCUCUCGGAGACCGACGUGAAGACGGGGCAACACGGGGACACCACCGUCACUGUCACCGACACCAGGUUCUUCCCGAUUUACAACGACCUGCCGGAAACCAUCAUACUGAACAUCCUGAAGGCCGUUCAACUGUCCAUCCCGAAUUUGCCCGGCUCGCCAGCGCUGACGAGAACGCAACAAUUCUUUCCGAUUCUGACGGAACAUCAGAUCGUCAUCGUGAACAUCGCCGAGAGUUUGCUGCCAGCAUCAACGAGGACCGAGUACAUCGAGAGGAUCGACUCGUGCAUCAGGGAGAGGAACUUCCUGGAGUGUUCCCGAGACGUGACUUGGCCAACGAUCGCCAAGUACUACCCGUGGUUGCCGAGUUUCCCAAAUUUUGGCACGCUGCAGAACCUGCCUCAGGCGUCCACUUCCAACUCCAUCAGGUUCCAAGUGUUUCUGUCGGAGAAACCUUCGAAUCCCGAGGUGCAGGCCCCUCAAGUCGAGUCGAACAAAGAGGCAGAAGCGCUGAGAGCAUCCGAGGAGAAGGUAGAGAGCGUCUUGUCGAACAUCCUGGCCGAAACCCCGGAACUGGAACGAUCGUACUUGAAUCUGUCCGUUCCUGUCGCUUCGAUCUUGAACGGACGACAGAUAAACAUCGUCAGACUGUCGGAGAGGGGAGUGCCAAUCGCGGUUCGUCAGUCCUACGUCGCGAGGAUGCUGGAUUGUACGAUGCUUCACAGCUUCAUAGCCUGCGUGAACAACAUUACCUGGCCAACUCUGAAGCAGUACAAUCAAUCGUUGCCCGAGUUUUCCAGUAUCAGCGACCUUGAACCCGUCACCAGUAACGUUCCAAAUAGUUUGCAGAUCCUGAGACUCGCGCCUGUUAGCCUGGUUUCGAUCAAUCAAACGUCGCAGCAACUCGCAGCAUCGAGCUUCCAGGCUUUGCAAAAUAACUCACGUCUGGAGAGUCAGGAGAACAGAUCGAAAAAUCCAGCGGCCACGCUGUCUCGGCCAAUUGGUGAACGCGCAGAAUCGAUGGAAAAUUACAUACGUGCAGCGGCACAGGAAAGCAAAUCGAAAAACCCAACGAUCACGCCGUCAGUAGAUAACAAAGCACCCGUCCCAGGAUACGCAGGCCAACCGACAGGCAUUCCCAUAGACCUCUCCGACGAGAAGAUUUACUUCCCCGAGACUCUGAAGCAGACAAUAAAGUCGAGAUCGUCGAGAGUCAAGAGUAGACAACGUAGAAACGCUAUGGACAUUCUCAAUACUUACUACGACAGCGAGGAAGCGGAUAGCUCCGCGUCUUCGUCGUCGUCGUCAUCGGAGUCGGUGACGUUUCCAAACAUCACGGAAUCCGAGUACCUCCGAUUGUUGAUCCGAAUGAGAAACAAAUCGAGGCUUUCUGGCACAGGUUCUUCCAACGCGAAGCGGUAUCUCGUCGACACGUUGAACUCCACGAUUAGAGAUUCACUGACCGCUGAUCAGUACGAGAUCCUGAAGGUCGUCGACGACUUGGACGAUCGGCCGUCGAGCAAAGGGCUGACACAACAGGUUAUACAGUGUUUUCUGAGUCUCAGUUUCAUUCGAUGCCUGGGCAUCUUCAUCUGGCCGCUUGUCGUCAACAAUCUGCCCUCUUUCCCGAGUUUCGGUGUCUUGGGACGUAACCUGGACACGGAGAGUCAGUUGCAGGAGUUGUUCGGCAUGUCGAGCGCCGAGUUCGAGCGGAGGUUGCUGGAGAGGAAGGAGUCGAUCGAGGGCUUCUUUCUCGACUGGUACAGGAAGCUGACCGAGAACGAAUUCCAGACGGAUCUGGGAUUCCUGAAGAUCAAGGGCUACGGGAACAACGAGGUGGGGAUCAGCUUCUCCGGUUUCAGGGAGGGCAGAGGCGCGAAGCUCAAGGACAACAAGAAUCUCCCGAGCAUACUGACGAUCAUAAGCGACAUAAUGGAGGAGGUUCUGGACCAACGUCCCGAAGCUGAGAAAACGAAGAAGGAGAAGGAGAAGAAGGAGAGGAGCAUAGAAGGCUCGAGAGAGGCGGACGUCCAGUUCCUGAAGAACACCGAGGAGAUGGUCGACGUUAAGAGAUCCAUGAACGACGACGACAUUAUAACGAUGUUCCUCGACAAGAUCAAGUCGAACGAUUCCGACGUGGAGAACGACGACACGAGGUAUUACACUUCGGAUGACGCGUACGACGCUUUCGGAGUUCUCUUCGGCACGAAACUGCACGACAAGCUCGACACCAGCGGGAUGGAGUCUCUCGGCUCUGACCUUAAAGUGGAGAACGAGGGAAGCGGCCCGGUGGAGUCGACCAAGGACGUAGACAUCGUGUCUUUAGAGUCUCAGAAAGUUUCCGACGAGCUGAAGAUUCCGCCGACAAACGGCCAAGUGGCGUACGAUCUCGAGAAGGAGUCCUCAGGCGACCAGGAAGAGAGACAGAGAGAGAAACGCGCUAGAAACUACCUCAAGUCGUUUCUAGAAAAGUAUUCGGACAGACGUUUGAAGGACCGCAGCGUAGAGAGUUUCGACAGCGUGGAGGACAACAAAAUCGUCGAGGAGCGUGGAAGGGAUGUGAAAUCGACGUCGUUGGUCGUUCGACUGCCGCGUCUGCACGACGAGAUCGUGUCGAGAAAGGUGACGAGCUCGAUCGUCCAUGCGGGUAAAGCUUUCAAGAUGAAGAUGACGCAGAUGGUGCCGGGGUUUGGGCUAGUUAUGUCGUUUCUCCUUCAGAUAGCUCUUGCACAUGCUCGCGCAGCUGCGUCGAUGGCCGGUAUGAUCAGUAACAUGGCUCUGGGAGCAGCGGUGUUCGGAAUGAUACGAGACUCAUUCUUCGGAUCGAGCAGCCAUCCAAAAAUUAAAUACGUUUACGACAACGACAAACACGGGCCAGGAAUCUCUUGGCCUACUCAGUACGAGCCUGGUUCCCCUUACUAUUCAUAG